AUAUUAAGCUUGGUGGGUUUGGGCUUUCGUGGUUUUCUUUUAAAGUUUUCUUUUUUUCUUUUUUUGGUUUUUUUUUAUUUUUGGUUUUUUGAGUUAGAGUGAGCAAAAAUUUUUGUUUUAGUAGGGGGUCUCGCGGUCUUACUUUUAUUAGGGCCACAAAAAGAAGAACAAACAGACAUUCCUAUUUUAAAUUUACUUGUUGUUUUAGGGGCUUUUUGUUUAAUUUCUUCUAAAAAUUGACUUUCUGUUUAUUUAGCAAUAGAGCUCUCUACACUUUGUUUUUUUGUUUUGAUUGCUAGGGGGUCGGGUUAUAGUGCAGAGGCAGGAUUAAAAUAUUUUGUUUUGGGGGCUCUUUCUUCUGGUUUAUUUUUAUUUGGUUGUGCUUUGUUGUGUGGAGCUGGGGGCAGUGUAUAUUUUUAUUAUCUAGAGUUGCUUUUUAAUUCCAAGCAAAGUUUUUCUGACGUUUGUGUGCCGACUGGGUACCUUUUAAUUAUUGCGGCUCUUUUUUUUAAAUUGUCUGUUGCCCCUUUUCACAUGUGGGUUCCAGAUGUUUAUGAGGGGGCACCAACAAAAACGGUUGUGUUAUUGGCUAUCGUGCCUAAAACAGGCAUUUUUUCUCUUUUAUUUUCCAUUGGAUUGCCCAUAAGUCUUUUCUUAAUUGGAGUUGUUUUUUCUCUUUUUGUUGGGGCGUUAGGUGCUUUAAAUCAAACAAGAGUCAAACGGCUUUUGGCCUAUAGUGGGAUUGGUCAUAUGGGGUUUCUUUUAUGGGGUUUAGUAAAUGGUUCUUUUGAGAGCCUACAAGCAAGUUUGGUCUAUCUUUUUAUAUACAUCAUUAUGACAAUUUGUGUUUUUUCUAUUAUUUUGAGUUUUAAUGUGUAUAAAAACUUACUCAUUGAAUUCAGUGGGCUAUCCCGGUUUUUACCUUUUCUUUCUAUUACUUUUGGGGUUGUUUUUUUCUCUAUUGCUGGGAUCCCUCCUUUUGCAGGGUUUUUAGGAAAAUGGGUGGUUUUAUUAUCUGGGGUUCUUUCUAAAUCUUUUUUUAUUUUUUUUUUUGCCGUUUUUUGUUCUGUAAUUGCUGGGGUUUAUUAUGUUAGAAUUGUAAAAGUUCUUUUUUUUCAAAAAAACUCUUUUUUUUUAAUUACAACAAAAGCUUUAAAAAAAGAGCUCAAACUAAAUUUUAAGAGGGGGUUUUUAAUUGGCCUUUGUUUUAAUUUAAUUUUUUUUCUUUUUUUUUCUCCACACUUUGGGUUUUGUUUCACUUCCCAAGUGGUUAUGGGGUUGUUUUAA